UCUGUUUACUCACGCACGGUUCGCCGACUUAAUAUGUACAACACGAGACCCAAGCGUGAUCGCAAAGGAAAGGUUUUAAGGAAUGAAUUUCAGUCUGACGAGCUGCCAUGUACCCGAAUCCAACCCGACCGCCGAUGGUUUGGAAAUACCUGUGUUGUAAAUCAGAAGGAGCUCGAGUUUUUCCGUGAAGAACUUCAAAGCCGAAUGUCGAAUAACUAUAAUGUUAUUUUGAAGGAGAGAAAACUGCCUUUGUCUCUCUUGAAUGAUCACCAGAAGCAAGCGAGAGUUCAUCUGCUCGACAAAGAGCCCUUUCAGGAUGCUUUUGGACCAAAGACUAAGAGGAAGCGACCAAGACUCUUAGCUGCUGAUUAUGAUUCUUUACUCAAGAAAGCUGAUGGUUCCCAGGAUGCUUUUGAGGAGAAGCAUGGUGAUGAUGUCAAUGUUGACGAAGGUGAAGGGGAUGGAUUCAGAGACCUGGUUCGACAUAAUAUGUUUGAGAAGGGUCAAAGUAAACGUAUUUGGGGUGAACUCUACAAAGUGAUAGAUUCUUCGGAUGUUGUUGUCCAGGUUUUGGAUGCGAGGGACCCACAAGGAACAAGUGUCGCCACUUAGAAAGGCAUUUGAAAGAGCACUGCAAACACAAAAACAUGAUUCUUUUGUUAAACAAGUGUGACUUGAUUCCUGCAUGGGCAACAAAAGGAUGGCUGAGCUUGAUUCCCCUGUUGUGUUUUUUUUUUUUUUUUAAUAUGAAUUUGAAUUAAAGUAAUAUACGUGUAUAUUAAAUAAAUAUAAAUAUACAUGUGUUUUCUAUUUAAAAGUUAUUUGAAUGUUAUUCAAAUUAUUGUUAUUUUUUUUAUUUUAUUUUUUUAAGAAACUGAAUAUUUUUAGUUAUACUCAUAAAUAUCAUCAUGAAAUAAGGAAGCAGUUUUAAUUUGAAAAUUGUUAAUUUUUUGAAUUUGAACUUGGGGAUGUGAUAUUAGGUUAAUCAUACCUAAUAUCUCUGCCCGCUCAUCUCUUCUUCUCCUCUCUCCAUAGAUUUGCUCUCAGGUCUCAAUUCCAUCUCACUGUAAUGCAAUUUUUAAUAAUCUCACUUUCAUAUUUAUAAUGUUUAGAUUUAAUUAACUAACACUAAAACUCUCUUUCUUUAUCAUCGUCUUCUCCUCUUCUUUCUCAAUCAAGGUCAAUCCUGAAGCCUCCACUCCAAUUUACUCGCUCCGUGGCCUCGACAACUUCAAGUUCUUCUCAUUGUCUUUCUACUGGUACUGGUAAGAGUACUCUGUCUUCAUUGUCUUUUUACUUCUCAACACCUUAUCGUCUUUUUACUCUAUUCUCAAAUUUGCUGGAUUCUUUCCAAUUUCGUUGACUUUAUGUUUGCUGGUAAUUAAAGUUUAUUGCAAUUUUUCUAUAAUUUUCAAUUGCGUGGGUACUGAUUUUGCUGCCCUUUUAUAUUUUAAAGUUAUUUGUUUUGUGAAAAAAAUAGUAAUAAUAAUAAUUUGUUUAUAUA